AUCGCAAAUAAGGAUAUGGUAUAGUCGGAGUUGUUUUCAUAUAUCGGAAGGUUACUGUGAAAUUCUGCGGUUAGCUGUGAUUAUCCUGAAGGAAUAAUGUCCAGAAAUCAACUUCCAGAUUCUUCCUCUUCACCACCAUUGAGUCACAUCAAUUUUCAUAACUUUGACGAAGACAUAAUCAAUGAGCUGCCAUCUUGCGUAUAUGCCGGGCAACACAUCAACAGCUCUGCAAAUAAUUUGAGACUAACUCCAAACAAUUUGCGACAAAUUCAACAACAAUAUCUGCAUCAUACAGAUUGCUUAGAUUCAUCAACACCAAAUUUAAGUUUAACUCCAAACGUACCAAACUAUGGCGGCCCUUACAAAGUUCAGCGACAGCAAGCGAACAUCCGUGAAAGGAAACGCAUGCUGAGGUCUGCUCCGAAUGGCAGCAUAAAUUCUGCUUUCGAUGAGCUACGUGUGCACGUACCAACAUUUCCUUAUGAGAAGCGACUCAGCAAAAUUGACACCCUACGACUAGCUAUAGCAUAUAUUGCUCUACUAAGGGAGGUUUUGGAAGCCGAUUACGAUCCACUUACAUAUGUUGAGAAAUGCCUUCGCGGAGAAAUUAAAGCAGAUCGUGCACAUUGGAAUACAAGUGAUUUGACGGCUAGAUUAUCUUGGAUUAAUUGGGAAAACUUAGGGGUUCACCCAGGUAGAAGAACAUUGCUCACGUCAUUAGCGCUGACCUCGGAUCCUACUUGCCCCAACUAAAAAUAUUCAAUUAAGUCAGAAUGAAAUUGUCUUCCUAAGAAAUAUUAUUUAUUUAUAAUUAUAAUUUAGAGUUAUUUAUGAACUUCAACUUAUAUAUGGGACAAGAAGCAAUAAAUAUGUAUU